UAUGAUAUAUUAAGUCCGCUAAUUCAAAAGAAUAUAAUUACAUUUUAUAUAAAAUAUAUAAUUUUGCAAGAAUUUGUGAAUUUAAGACACAGCACUGUAGUUAAAUUUAGAUCAAUGAGACUAGAUACUGCUUUAAAUUUAAAGUUAGCUCAGAGUUAGCCCAGUUAGGGCUUUUAGUAGAACCACAAAUUUCAUUUGAAUGUUAUCAAUUAAGUUUUUUUAAAAUAUCAUAAAGUUAAAUUAAAAAUGCCUUUACCAAGUGGAAAUAAAGAACCUGAUGAUAGCCAAACAUGGGAAUUAGCAGAAAGAUGUCUUCUUCCAAUUGCAUUUUCACAUGCAAUUGCAGUUAUUUUAGCAACUAUAUUAAAUACAUUAAGUAUAUCACAAACAUCUAGUUUUGUACUUUUUCUUUUAUUAUUGGUCAUAUCCAUAGGAUUUACGUUAUUUUACCACAAUUUAAAGGUAACUGCUGCAGGAAAAGCAAUUCUUAUUACAGGUUGUGAUUCAAGAGUUGGAUAUACUUUAAGCAAACAAUUAGAUGAAUUGGGAUUUACAGUAUUUGCUGGUUUUAAUACAAAAGUUGAAAAUGAAGAAAUAAUGCAAAAAUUAAGACAAGAAGCUUCUGGUAGAUUACAUAUAUUACAAUUAGAUGUAACUAGUGAACAUGAUAUUCAUUCAACAUUUCUUUAUGUAAAUGAAAACUUACCAGAUGGUGCUCCAGGUUUAUGGGCAUUAGUACAUGCUGCUGCUUGGGUAACAUUAGGUGAAUGUGAAUGGGUACCUCCUUCUGUAUUAAAACGCAGUAUAGAUAUUAAUUUUAUUGGCCUUGCUAGAUUAACUCAGGUAUUUUUACCUCUAAUUAGGCGAUCAAAAGGUCGUGUUGUAUUAGUUAGUAGUCUUUUAGCUCGUAUACCAAGUCCUGUUCGAGGCAUUUAUUGUGCAGUUAAGGCUGCAGUCGAAGCUUGGGGAGCUUGUCUCAGAUUAGAAAUGAGAAGAUGGGGAGUAGAUGUAGUUAUUGUAGAAACUGGUGAAUAUGUAUCAGGAAAUGCAUGGUUAAAAGAUAAUAACUCAUUAUUGGAACAAGCUAGAGAAAUGUGGAUUCAACUGGACCCUCAAACUCGUAAAGAAUAUGGACAAGAAUUAUUUCAAAAAGAAAUGUUGGCUCUUGAAAAAUAUACACAAGAAAUAGAUGUAGAUAUAACACCAGUAAUUAGAGCUUUAAUAGAUGGAGUAAUAAAAACUUUUCCAAUGAGAAGAUAUACACCAGUGUCACGUAAAGAAAGAAUACAAGCAUUAUGCAGUGAUUAUCUUCCAAAACCAAUUUAUGACAUAUUAUAUAUAAAUUAAAAAAAUACAAAAAUAUAAAUAAUCAAAAAUAAAAAAUUACAUGUCAAUCAAAAUUUAAUAAAUACUACCUAUUGAUCAAUUGUUUAUGAGAUAAUAUUAUGAAUAAUAAAAUUAUUUACUAUUUAAA